AUGUUCUACAGAAAGUUAGAGAAUGGAGAAAUUUUACGUCGAGAUUGGGCAAUAUAUUCUGAAAGCACAGCAACACGAGAGUUAGCAUUUAGAGGUAGUAAUGAAAAGAUAGGCGAAGAUCAUAAAGGCAAUUAUUUGGGUGCGAUUGAAAUUUUGUCUGAAUAUGAUCCUUUUUUAAAAGAUCAUAUAAGAAGACUUGCAAAUCGUGGAAAGGGCACUGUUUCUUAUUUAUCAAAAGAUAUUGGCGAUGAGUUUGUAGGGAUUAUAUCAAAUGAAGUUUUAAAGAAAAUAGUGAAACAAAUUAAAGUUAAUAAGUAUUAUUCAAUGGUACAAGAAAUUUACACCUUUUUUACGGCAUCUUCAUACAAAUGGAACUUGUUAUCUCAGUUUAUAGAAGUUUCAGAAAACGAAAAACUUUUAACUAAGAGAGUUAACACUACGCGAUGGUUAUCACGAUUUGAUGCCAUUAAAGCCCUAGGACACAGUUACGCAUCAAUAAAAAUAGAGCAAAUAUCUCAAAAUAGAGAAGAAAAAGGUGUUGAGAGAGUUGAAGCGGCUUCUUUUGCCGAGACAUUAGAUCUUCUUGAAAAUGGCAUUCUUUUAACAUUUUGGUUGGAUAUUUUACACCGAACUAAUGAUGUAAAUAAGGCUUUAUUUAUAACAAGAGAAUAUGGAUAUAAGUACCACAUAUAA